AUGGCAUAAAUAUGUAAAUAAUAUACAGACGUGUUGUAAAUAAAUAAUUAUGUCUGAUUCAGAAGAUGAAACUGAAGAAAAACAGCUUAAAGUAGUAUUCGUUGGUGAAUCUAACGUUGGUAAGACUGCCAUUAUAAAACGAUAUUGUUACGACGAAUUUUCACGACAAUAUGUGAGCACUUCAGGUGUUGACUUUUUCUUAAAACGUAUUCUACUUCCCGGUUCUAAUUAUGUAUCCAUAAAAAUAUUUGAUGUUGGUGGGGAUGCUUUAGCGGGUAACAUGCUUGAUAAAUAUAUUUUUAAUUCUGAUAUAAUUAUCUUAGUUUACGAUAUAACAAAUUUAAAUAGUUUUGAAUUAUUAGUCGACUGGUUAGAUAGUAUCAAAUCAAUUAUCCACGAUCAAGCAGUUACGAUUGGAAUUUUUGGAAAUAAAUGUGAUUGCGAGCAUCAACGAGCCAUACGCUUAGAUAAAACUCAACAAUUUUGCAGAGACAAUAAUCUAAAACAAUAUACCGUUUCAUCACGGACAGGCGAAUCGGUGGCUGUUUCAAUUGUUUCAUUAGUAGCUAAUCAUCUAGGAAUAAAGUUAAGUAAAGCUGAACAAGAACAUCAAACGACAAUGGUUAAAGCUGAAAUUGAACCACGCUAUACGAUACCUGUCGCAAAUGGUGCAGCAGCAAAUCGUUCUAAAGCUGUUGAGAAAAAAUCAUCGAUAUGUGUUUUACAAUAAAUAAAAAA